AUGGAAGCUUUAUGUCGUUCUAAUAGGAAUCUUUCUUGUGCACAGCCGGCGAAUUUGUUCUCGAAGAUUCCACAGGCAUCCGCCACAGCUUCCGCGAAAGGCAGGUCUCGGAUUCUUCGAGAACGAUUUUUUCAGGCGCCCUAUCCUCCACCCCAAAAAGUCGAAAUGGCAACAGAAAGCUUCGGAUUCCAGGCUGAGAUCAGCCAGUUGCUUGACCUGAUCAUCAACACUUUCUACUCCAACAAGGAGAUCUUCCUGCGAGAGUUGAUCUCCAACGGCUCUGAUGCCCUCGAUAAAAUCCGAUAUGCCUCCCUUACCGACCCCUCCCAGCUCGACACAGAGAAGGAGCUCUACAUCCGCAUCACCCCCGACAAGGAGAACAAGAUCCUCUCCAUCCGCGACACCGGUAUUGGCAUGACCAAGGCCGACAUGGUCAACAACCUCGGUACCAUCGCGAAGUCUGGAACCAAGGGCUUCAUGGAGGCGCUUAGCUCUGGCGCUGAUAUCUCUAUGAUUGGUCAAUUUGGUGUCGGCUUUUACUCUGCCUACCUCGUUGCUGAGCGCGUCCAAGUCAUCUCAAAGCACAAUGACGACGAGCAAUACAUCUGGGAGUCUGCUGCUGGAGGCACCUUCACCAUCACCCCCGACACUGUCAACCCUCCUCUCGGCCGUGGUACCGAGAUCCGCCUCUUCAUGAAGGAGGAUCAGCUUGAGUACCUCGAGGAGAAGAAGAUCAAGGAGAUCGUCAAGAAGCACUCCGAGUUCAUCUCCUACCCCAUCCAACUUACCGUGACAAAGGAAGUCGAGAAGGAGGUCGAAGACGACGAAGAAGAGGAGAAGGAAGCUGACGAGGAGAAGGCCAAGAUUGAAGAAGUCGACGAGGAAGAGGAGAAGAAGAAGAAGACCAAGAAAAUCAAGGAGAAGGAGGUCUCCAACGAGGAGCUUAACAAGACUAAGCCCAUUUGGACUCGCAAUCCUUCCGACAUCACCCCUGAGGAGUACGGUGCCUUCUACAAGAGCUUGACUAACGACUGGGAAGACCAUCUCGCGGUCAAGCACUUCUCGGUUGAGGGCCAGCUCGAGUUCAAGGCGAUUCUCUUCAUUCCUAAGCGUGCCCCCUUCGAUCUUUUCGAGUCCAAGAAGAAGCGCAACAACAUCAAGCUCUAUGUCCGCCGCGUUUUCAUCAUGGACGAUUGCGAGGAUCUCAUCCCUGAGUACCUCAACUUCGUCAAGGGUAUCGUCGACUCUGAGGACCUUCCUCUCAACAUCUCUCGUGAGACCCUCCAACAGAACAAGAUUCUUAAGGUCAUCCGCAAGAACCUUGUGAAGAAAGCUCUGGACCUCAUCAGCGAGAUCGCCGAGGACAAGGACAACUUCAGCAAGUUCUACGAGGCUUUCGGCAAGAACAUUAAGCUCGGUAUUCACGAAGAUGCUCAGAACCGCAGCAAGCUCGCUGAGUUCUUGCGCUUCUACUCGACCAAGUCGACUGAGGAGCAGAUCUCACUGAAGGACUACAUCACCCGUAUGCCCGAGGUCCAGAAGACCAUCUACUACCUCACCGGCGAGUCCCUCGCUGCCACCCGCGACUCUCCCUUCCUUGAGGUUCUCAAGAAGAAGGGUUUCGAGGUCCUACUUCUCGUCGACCCCAUCGAUGAGUAUGCCAUGACGCAGCUCAAGGAGUUCGACGGCAAGAAGCUUGUCUGCGUUUCCAAGGAGGGUCUCGAACUCGAGGAGACUGAGGAGGAGAAGAAGGCGCGUGAGGCUGAGACUGCUGAGUUCCAAGACCUCUGCACCGCUGUUAAGGAUGCUCUCGGUGAUAAGGUUGAGAAGGUCAUCAUCUCUAACCGUAUCAGCGACUCGCCCUGCGUGCUCGUCACUGGCCAAUUCGGCUGGUCGUCCAACAUGGAGCGUAUCAUGAAGGCGCAAGCUCUCCGUGAUUCAUCUAUGUCGUCGUACAUGGCAUCGAAGAAGACCCUCGAGUUGAACCCCACCAACGCCAUCGUCAAGGAGCUGAAGCGCAAGGUCAAGGAAGACAAGGCUGACAAGUCGGUCCGCGACCUGACCUACCUUCUCUUCGAGACCGCCCUCCUCACCUCCGGUUUCACCCUCGAUGAGCCAUCUUCGUUUGCUAAGCGCAUCUAUCGCAUGAUUGCCCUUGGCCUCGACGUUGACGAUGAGGAGGAGAGCGCUCCGGCUGCUGAGACCGAGGCACCUGCACCAGCUGAGGGCGCUUCGACUUCAGCCAUGGAGGAGAUCGACUAG